AUGAAGUCUCCCAUCCAAGGAAGACCGCUAUGUCUCUACACUGCUUUCAGUGAUACCGCCGUCGGGGAUCUGCUCGCUCAAGAAGAUGACGAAGGAAUCGAACAUCCUAUAUACUAUUUCAAUCGAACAUUGAGAAAUGCUGAACUCAGAUAUCCCAAGGCGGAAAAGUCAUGUUUAUCCAUAAUUCAUUCCAUUCAUAAAUUCAGACAUUACUUGUUAUCCAACAAGGUGGUGCUCAUAUCUAAAUCUGAUCAUGCGAAAUUUUUGCUUUCAAAACCGGUCCUGAUGGGAAAGUCGGCCAAGUGGAUUCUCCAAAUGUCAGAGCUAGACAUAACGUGUGUAUCACCUAGAGCUAUAAAAGGACAAGCAGUUGCAGACUUACUAGCAGCAUUCCCUGGAGAAGGCACUACUGCACUACGCGAGGACCUUCCUGGAGAAUUUCCAGACAUCUCCGUUGUCGAAGAAGAAGCGUGGAUAUUAUAUUUUGAUGGGUCUGCCGCCCCUAGCAAUAACACUGGAGGGGCUGGCGUAGUCCUAAUGUCUCCAACCGGUGAAGUCUCCUCCGCAGACGCGAUCCUCCCAGCAGAAAUCAAGAUCCCGUCAGCCAGGAUUGCAGCAGCAAGUGGGGUCCACUGGAAUGAAGCUGAAGCGUUGAGCUCCAGGAUCGCCGAGUUAGACACUCUAGACUCCAGAAGAGGUAAAGCAGAGGAACGUGCUCAGGUGUACAUAAAUAAGAUCUCCAGGGCAUAUGACAAGACUGCUUACAGUACCGUCUACUACAAGAUCGUUAAGGUGGAUGGAGGAAAGUUAGAAGCAGUCAUCAAUGGAAAAUGGCCCAAGGCAUAUAAUGCUUAA